AGGUCGUUGUUCCACAUAUCUUCCACGCCUGAGGUACUGGAUAUUGCUCAACAUAACGCAGUACAGUAUCAACCUGGGACUGGGAGGGAGAACGGUGCGGACGUUUUGAACUGAGGGAUGAGAUAGAUCGUGACACCGGCAUAGCCUAAUUCAACCCAAUUUAAUUAAAAGGAUUUAGGACGCAUUUUGUCUUCAAUACUUUUCUUCGUCAUCACCAAUUAAUUAUUACUACUUAGUUUAUUUUAACUACAUAGUACUACAUAGGAUACGUGUAAUAGGAUAAGGCGGACAGGAGAACUUACCUCCUGUCUUAACUUUGAGUUAAUUGGUUCGCGCCAGGGGCAUCCCCAGUCCAUCCAGUUGUAAAAGAAAGGUGCCUAACCGUACAGAUAGAUACAGGAAGGUGGUCAAAUGCAGUGCUCUAUGCCGAACCGCUAUCUCUUCGUGUAUUAAAUGAGUAUUUUUUUUAGUCUACACUGUUCUGUGUCCGCACUCACCCUAACAGACCCGCCCGUCAAGCUUCCACGAUUCACUUUCUCUUUCACACCUCCAAUAAUAUUUUAUACCAAAAAAUUACCAAGGUCAUAGAAAACCUGAUGAUUACCUGUAUUUCAUUAUAUAGUACAUCACCUAGUAUCCGAAAUUCCCGCCUUAAGAGAUAGCUGAAGGUAUAUUCUUGCUAGGUGUCGUUAUUGCAACAUUCACUUCACCUUCAUCUUAUGUAUGAUACGAAAUAACAGAUCAUUGAUAGUAGAAGUUCUGUAUAAAGACAUUUGACAGCCACUAAUGUGUAAUGAUGACGAUUUUACUGAAUAUUUAUGUGUUUAUCUCUGCUGAGUUUCGUAAGUAAAGGAGUCGGUAUUUUGGGGUUCGUUGGUCAGCGUUAACAAACAUGAUUACGUCUCUAUCUGUGUGUGUUUGGAAUAUUCUGUACUCAUUCCUCUACUUGGAGGAUAUUUACUCGAUAUACUGUACGUAAUUGUAAUGGCGGAUAUAAUUUUGCCAUGGUAUCUAUCUAAUGAUUCCACAUAACAUGCAGACACCGAAAAGCGGAGAUUCAAGAUGCAGCGAGUGGGGUUCAUUACGUCUUACUCCAUGUGGAUGACGGGGCCGAGUUUGAUCAACUCAAAGGCUGUGUACAGGAUUACAUAUCUUCAACGGCUACGUUAUCAACGAGUUUGUUGCAUCAAUCAACAUCAUUCUAAACACAAUGGACCCCAACAAGCAUUUCACAAUAAUAAUUGUUUGAGGAUUAUUUGUGGUUGGAUGGGAGUUUUUACUCCUGCAGUGAUAAGAACUCAGUCCAGAUAUUAUGUCACUCAAACCAGUGAUGAUGACUUUGAUGAUUCAGGCAUCAUCAGUGAUUCUGAAUUUGACAUUGAUGGCCUUGACAGAGACAGAACUUUAAGCAAAGACCAAUUUGAUCUACUAAGAGUUAACUUAUAUCAGAAUUCAAAUGAUCCGAUUGUGAAAACAAUAAGUCAAGCCAAUAGUCUUCAGGAAGUGUUUGAUACAAUUGACAAAUGCAGAGACUUCUUAACAGCAGAGCAAUCAAGCCAAGCCAUUGUUACACUCUGGGAUCUUCAGAAAGUGUAUGGAAGAUAUGGCCUUGAUUAUUCUUCCGUUACAAAUUUUCAACUUAAUACUUUAUUAGAAAAAAUUUUGAAUCACCCAACGUUUGAAAAAUUAUUAAAACACUUAGAAAAUGUCUGUGAAGAUUUGAAUAACACUGCAAUUUCCUGUAUGCUUCUAUAUUUGAAUAAGAUAGGAUUAAGGACUGAUGCACCUUUAAUGCAGAAACUUUCAGUAUUAUGCUUGGAAAGAUUAAAUAAUUUUAAUUUAAAUUCAUUGUCACGGCUUACAGUGUACCUACGAGACCAAGGUAUUAAAGCUUACUUUCUUCAGUCGAAGCUCCUGCCUAUUGUGGCAGACAAACUCAGAACUUGCUCAACACUUGAAGAAUUACAUUUGAUAACUAUAUGCCUAAAUAGUACAAAGAAAAUUAUUACAGAAUCUUUAAUUAAUGAAUACAGAAAAUUUGUUGAGAAAAAUUUGGAGGCGGGAAAUUUUGAAACUUGUGAUCCCAAGGUAAUAUUGAAAAUAAUAAAGCUUCUUAACUAUUCAAAAUGGUCAUCAAAACACUACUUCCUGUGUCGUCAGCUUAUGUUGUGUCUAGUGAAUAGGAUGCCGUCACUUGGUAUCUGGCAAGUUAUUGAUUUAAGUAAUUACUUCCAGAAUUUUUUAGAACCUCGUGAAAUAUUCACCAAGAUCCAACAAUAUUCUGUAUCACAAAUUGAAGUGUCUAAGAAUUCCAUUACAGGGCCUGAGCUGUUAUAUUUAGCUCCUUUUGGUUCAUUAAAUAGGAAGAAGUAUUUUGAAGAGUUGGUUGCUGAACAACUUGAUAAUGCAGAGUUUUAUGACUAUAUUGGUGUAAUUUUCAAGACUUUAAGAUAUAUUAAAACCUCAAAUACUAAACUGUGUAAUGCAUUUUGGACUAAGUCAAUGAAAGCGGUUGAGAGAGAGAUUGAUCAAACUACCAAUUUUCAAUUAGGCUUUGAAGAAAUACUACGCAGAAAGGUAUACCACCGGUACAUGUAUUUCAACAACAACCUUGGUGGAACAUACAGAAACUAUCACAUGGAAAAGAAUAUGUCAUCGCUGUUGCUUAAGGAUAUACGUAGUCCAACUGGCCUCGUACCUAACAAACUGGCCAGCAUGUCAGCAUUCCUGAUCAGCUAUGAUAGCAGAGAGGGAUUACCUGAAGAUAUUGUUGAGAAAAUUAUACAGUAUGGGUCUCAGUUCACCUCUUUUGAUGUUUUAAACUUGUCUCGAGGGGUCCAAAUAACACUGGCUCUAAAUCCCAAGAAUACUCGUAGGAGGCUUAUGGAGCAGAUCACUGCAAUAUGCCGUAUGCUUGACACCUGUGCAGAAGAACAAUUAAAGACUGCAAAGUCAUUAAUAGAUGUCACAACUAUUACACGGGCUUAUCUUAGUCGUCAUGGAUCUCCCAGAACUUUCUUAUUUGAUAAACUAGUCCAUGCACACCUCCCCUUUCUUCACGAACUGAAUUCACGUCUUCUGAGAGACAUCUGCUACUUCUUUUACACCACCAAACAUUUGGCUCCACAGAUAUUGGAUGCCUUGGCUCAGUAUGUAGUAGACAACCAAGAGUAUAUUCUGGUAGAUACGAUUGAGCGUUUGCUGAGCUGCUUGUAUACCCUCGGUCAUUAUCCUGCAACUGGACAACAGUUCUUCUCAGCUUGCACCAACAGCUUAUCGAAGGAUGCCCAUCAACUUAGUGGUUUAAAUAUUCUCCAGUUGUGUCUGGGACUGAAUAUGUAUGGUCAGUUGUCAUCCAAGCUGAUUCACAAUAUAUUUAACCUCAGUUUCCUCGAUAAAUUAGAUGAAGAAAUAUCAGGAUGCUAUUCAAAGGCAACGUAUCCUGCACGUGUACGUCAUAUGCUUAUGGAAUUAAAUCGUGCUGUUUGCAUUGACCAUCCAGAGGAGAAAAUUCCAUGGUUUCACGAGAAGUAUUGUGAAGAACUUCUUGAAACAGUUGCAGUUCCUAAUAGUGUCUUCCAUACUGAGGUACACCAAGCUCUUUCCCAGUUGGUUGGGGGACCUGAUGUCUUAAGAGCCAAUGUCAAAACUCCUUACUAUUAUCUUCUGGAUUUUGAAUUCCUUCUGGAUGAAGAGAAUCAACCAGUACCAGUGAAGGAGUAUAUCUCACCAAGAGAGAAAUCUAAUACUUCUGAUUAUUGUCAUAUUGAGAAUAAAGCUGGAUAUAGGAGGAUGGCUGUUCUGCUCCAUAAAGAAAGUAGCUACUGCAUCAACAGUCGUCAGCUGAUGGGUCGCCACCAGGUGGAACGUCGUCACUUAGAAAUGUUGGGUUACACUGUGAUAGAAGUGCCGCACUUCAUGUGGUAUUCAAUGGCACAUGCAACAUUUUCAGAUAAAAUGGAGUACCUGAAAAACAUCCUUUACUCCCAAACAUCCUGAUGGAAAUGUAUUCACAUUUAUAUUGUCUUGGUUGUACAGGUAUAUAUAGUAAGAAACAGAUUUUAUAUUUAUUAACAAGUUGAUUUCAACAAGAGGCAAAUACUUCAUGUAUCUGUAACAAUGUUGAAGACUUAACAUAGUACAUACUACAGUACUUUAAAUGAGUAUUAGAUUAUUACUUUGAAGUACUGUAUAAAUAUUAUUUUGUACUUUAUUUCAUGUAUGUUUACUUGAGAAGAUAAACCAUUGGUAUGAAAGUAUCACUGUACCCUUUUGUUGUCUCCUGCCAUGUAUCUGGAGGAAAAGUGGAAAUGCUCAUCAAAAAAUACUUCAGAUAGGACUUGAAUUUUUAAAAUUUACUACAAUAUAUUUAUACUCAGGUAGUAAUCAAGACUUUUAUGGAAAAUGUCUGCAUGAAACUCUGCUUUGAAUGAGGGUAAGGGGACAAAUUGUAUAAAUUAGAGGUAAGCCCGUUGGAUAUCUAGGGGCCUUAUUAUGGAGGGGAAUACCUCGACAAAACAAAUCUGUUUCAGCAGCUUAAUGGAUGAAGAACGGUGGAUAUGGUUUUAAUUAUAAUAAUCUAAAAUUCUCUAAUUAACCACUUGGGUAUGGGGUCGCUCGAUACUGAGUAAAACUGUUUGACAUUAGCUGAAUAAAAUAUUAAAAGUGGCGUCCAGUAGCACAGGGGUUACAGUGAUGUCCCAAACAAAUAUUGUACUAUGUACUGUAAUAUGAAUAGGGAUAUUUUUUCAAAUUACCAGUAUGUUCAGUCAAAGGCAUCAUUAUCUUCUCUUGUUUGUUAAAAUUAUUUCACACUUUCAGUACACAGGUACAUGUACUGUAUAAUUCUCAUCCUGACUUGCUGUUAUUGUACAUUUUAUUCUUUUUACUUUGUGAUAAUGACUUACAGUACAGUACAGUGCAGUAAUGUCUACUCAAACUAGGCUUUCUUAGUAUUAGUGUACUGUACAUUCGUUAGAUCACAACCAAUACUGUUAAUGUGAUUAAAAACAUCUUUAUUUUGUGCCUCCAUGUUUUAUAAAAUAAUUUGUUUAAUUAAUUCAUCAGUGUGUGUUGUGUAUGAAUAUCCGUCUGCAUUGUAUUUUUAUGUUUAAAUUGCCAGACUUUUGUGCAUGUCAUCAGUUUCGUCUCACGUGUACAGUAGUAACUAAGUAUUAUUUUGACAUUUUUGUUCCUGUAAAUAAAUGAUUUUCAAUUUGA